GUAUGAUGCACUGGGCAAUACUGGUUGGUGUACUCUACUACGGCUCGUCCCUUCCAGACGACAACAGACUCAAGGGAUGCGUAGCUGAUGUCGAAGAUAUGGAAGAAUUUCUUGAGCUUCUCAAACUUCCAGUCAAGAUCUUCAAGUCAACUUCAAAUCAUCCCACCGUGGGCGCUGGAUAUCCUCCUGAGAAGCCCAAAGAACGCGCUAUUCUUCGCAAUUUCAUAGACCGGUUGAAUGAUGUUAUCGAAUAUGGCUCAAAGAAAAUUGUGCACAAGAUGCAUGUUACUGUGGCGUUCGAGUGCUGUAUCUCUGGUGCCACUAAACGCCAUGGUAGAGCUCCAACUUUUGGGGUCUGCUUCAGCAGCACCGUCGAACCGUGGAUAACGAAUCCACAAGGCUAUACAAUUUUCUGUGCCUGUGCUUCAUCUCAAAUAGCGAAUGAGGUCUACGAGCUCAAGCCCAGAAAGGAAGCAGAUACAGAGACGGGGUUGCAGGGGGUUCUAAAUCGUGAACAUUUUACGACAGCAAAAAGGCCCAUUGAACGCGGGGCACUUUCACAUGUGCUGCUCGAAGCCCUUAAACAACUGAGACAAACCGACACCACCAUUAUUGCCGGCUCACUGUUCGAGCAUCAGCGCGCUCAAUUCCAUGUUCGGGUACCAAAUCAAACCCCAGUUCUCUACGGCAGCAAAACGACGUCGUUCUUCGCUGACAGUCUCUCAUUUUCAGACACCGAGAUCGUGCCUGUUUUCAACAAGGAUAGAAAACUGAUGAUGCACAAGGGCCCUGUUCAUGGUGUCGUCAUUGGCGACAAAUACAGCCUUUUCCCGCUACGAAAGAGUGCUGACGCCUCCGAUAAAUAUAACCUUUAUGUCGGCUGUAUUGUUGACGUGCCGCCGGAAUGA